CCAAAAAAAGCAUUUUGUAAUUAUUAUAAUUAUUCUGUAUCUAAUCUCAUAUUUUCUAAUUUUUAAUUGAGAAAUGACGAGAUGAUCCGAUGCUUAUUUCGAGGGGAAAUCUAUCCUACGAGAUAUGCGGGACGUUACAUAUCUUUCAAUUGUUAUUUUCUAUUCUUUAUAAAUUUCAAGAAGUGACCCAAUGGGUGACGGGUGGUUUAGUAAAUACUAAUUAUAAAUCCAUAUUUCACUCUCUAAUAAUGAAAACGAAUCUACCAAACUAACAAUUGUAUACAUCAACGUCGCUAAUUGGCUUGCGUAUCGACGGCUUUGAUUGGUUGCUGAUGUCUAGUGUUUUCGAUGGAAGAGAAGUGUCAAAUGGAUCAUUGCAAGCAAGACGAUGAAAUGGUCAUCAUUAAGAUUGUUUAUAGAAUUCACUGAUUAAUAUGAUUUGAAAAAAUGAAAGAGGGAGACGUUUCAAGUAACGAAAAUAGUAAUGUUCCAUUUGAUGAUGGGCCAGUUGCAGAAGUAACAAACAAUAUGAAGCAUAAUGAAAGCGUGUUGGGAGGACUUCUAAACAUGGAGAAAUGUAAAUAUCAUGUGAUACUCACCAAAUGUAAAGAUAUACACAUUGGUUCAAGAGUAGAAGAACCGAAAACAAGUUGCUUAAAGAAAGAUGACGAAAAAAAUGAAAUGUACGACAAUUGCUGCCAAAAGUUGAAGAACAAAUAUGAGACAUAUUUUGCCUACAUGAGAUCUUUCCUAUGGGAAGGCAAAAGAAACGACUUUGCCAUAAAGGAUUAUUUCGUAGAAUUGACAGUAGAAAAGGCUAAUUUAUUUGGGAAGAAAAGAGGAGAGAAUAUAAGCCUAAAUGAAUUAUUUUCCAUACAGGAGGACGGACAUCAAACUAUUUUGGUAACAGGAGAUCCUGGUUAUGGUAAAACCACUCUGUGCAAGAAAAUUGCAUACGAUUGGGCAUCGACGAAUUAUUUGCAAUAUUUUCAUUUAACUGUAAUUGUUGUUUUAAGAGAAUUAGAUGAUAAAAGUGUUAAAGACGUGGUACUGUAUAAUAUACAUAACAAUUCACAUAUUGAUAGAGACUGUAAAUUUCAACUCAGCAAGCUGAACAUUUUGGUCAUUUUAGACGGGUUUGACGAGUUAAUAGAAAAGCAUAAGGUUGUGAGAUUCGUCAGAGAAGAGUCCUUUGACAUUUCUCCUCAAAUGAUGAUUCUGAUAACUAGUCGACCUCAAGCAGCAGAAGACAUCAGAGAAGACAUGAAAAUGAGGUUUUCCAUAGAAGGGUUUUCUCCAAUACAUCAGGAAAAAUAUAUUCAACUAAUGUUUAGAGAAGACGAGGGAAAAGCGAACGAACUCAUUUCUAAACUGAAUGAAGACGAGUUUUACAGAGAAAUAUCAGAAUGUCCACUGAUGCUGCACAUGUUGUGCUGCCUUCAUCAUAAUUGUGAGAUGGAAAAAAUUAAAACCAUUACAGACGUGUACAUCCAAAUAUUCGCUCUUAUCACAGAGCGUUACGUCAGAAAAACUAACCAAAAUCGUAAAUUCGAACGAGGAAAAUAUUUUGUUGGAGAAAAUUUGCUACUUCGAUUAGGAAAGUUAAAUCUGAGACCUUAUCCGAUCACAUCAAAUGUUCUUAUGGACAAUUUCCCGAACGAAGAUGAAUACAAUUUCAUUAUUGGUCUGGACAUACUUGCACUUAAUGCCUUUUCUCAAUACGAUAAAAUCAUUCAAUAUAGUUUCGUGCAUCGAACAUUUGAAGAAUUUCUUUCAGCUUUCACAAUGUACAACGAUUUCUAUUACUUUUUCGAGCUAUGCAGCGAUAAGACAUUGCUAUUUUUAUUGGGAUUUUAUGGAAGAUGUAAAUUUCCCAAAAAGUUUUUGCGUCGUGUGAGAGAGAGACUACUUACCCCCAAAUUCAUGCUUCAAAGUCACAAAGAAAUCAAACUGGAAAACAACUGGGAACAGUUCUGUUCCGUUUCAAGAGUGGAAGUUCAUUCUUACGAUAUGGAUAAUGUAAGAGAGUUAUUGGAGUUGCAUCAAUUCAAAGAAUUAUAUUGCUGUUUCUCGUAUAACAAGGAGUUUUAUAAAGAAAUGAAAGAAGAACUUCUCAGUUUCUUUAACAAUGCAAAUUUCUCAAAUUUAAAUAUUUAUCUUUAUCUCACUAUUUUGUUGGAAACUUCCAAGUAUUCAUACGAUAUUCGAGAAUAUAUUUCAUGUAUGAUCGAUCUCAUUCUUAACAUUAAACGAAUCAAUCACUCGACCUUCUUUGUUGGCAUAAAUAAUCUUCUCGGUGGCUUCUAUUGUUUCAGAAGUGUCAAUUAUUCUUUGAAUAUACCUCGGGAUAUUCUGGAAAGCCUACAUGAAAACGAUGAAAUAAUUGCAUUGAGAACUUUAAACAUGGAAGGAACUUUUAACAAUUAUUUUUUGUCAAAGGAACAGUAUAAAUUUUUACGCCGUCGUAUCAUAGUUUCUACUGUUAAAAAAGGAAUGUGUCUGAUGAUGUAGAUUAUUUUAAAAUAAAUAUGAAAUUUUUAUACUAUAAGCUUUAUUAUAAUUACAGUACUUAUUAAUGAGCGCAUUGCCUGGUAAGGGGCUUUAAUGUAGCUGAAUAAGCAAUCGAAAAUCAGAAAAAUAACAUGGA